AUGAAUACACCUCAUUCGAGACAUAUCAUCCAAAUAGUUUGUGCCUGUAUUUGGUGCUUACUGGCUUCAGGGAUUAUUUUUGGUUUUGCAGCCCUAAAACCAGUGUUGAUCCAAGAGGGAGUAUACGCCGAUCUGUGUCCCUCGGAAUACAGUAAGAAUCAUGAUGAACCUUGCCAAGACCAAGAUAUGAAAUUGAACUCGAUGUUUACUAUCAGUUCUGCCCUAACUAAUAUGAUGGCCUUGCCUGUGGGAUAUAUCCUCGAUAGAAAGGGACCCCGUAUAUGUGGUUUGAUUGGGUCAUUUACUUUAUUUACAGGUUGCUUGAUGUUUACGAAUGCUAGUAUAUUAAAAUUUUACAUUGAUCCAUAUUUACUAGGUUAUAUGGCACUUGCAAUUGCAGGACCUUUCGUAUUCAUAUCAUGCUUCCAGUUAGCCAACUGUUUCCCAAAGAGAUCUGGUUCGAUUCUAGCCAUUUUAACAGGUUCUUUUGACAGUUCAUCAGCAUUGUUUUUGAUGUAUCGUCUGGUAUAUAAAACUUCUCAAAAUAAAUUUUCUCUGUCCAGAUUUUUCAAAUUAUAUAUGAUAGUACCAUGCUUUAUCCUUAUCUGUCAGAUCACAAUUAUGCCUCGAAGUUCGUAUAAAACACUUGGAACCGUAGCAAAAUUAGGAGUUGAAGAAUUAGACGAAAACGGUAAUGAGAUCAAUGAUGAAACUGUGACUGAAGUUGGACAGGUAACACCAGAUAAUUAUACCGAAGUUUUCAAUGAAGAUCAACCGCUUCUUGAACGUCGCAAAUCAAACUUGGAAAUUGUUGCAGAAUCAAGACUUAAGGAAAGCACAGGCGGUAUAUUUGGAGUUUUACAUGAGAAUACCGCAUUAGAACAAAUAAAAUCUCCUUGGUUUUAUUUAAUGGUACUGUUUGCAGCCAUCAUAAUGGUUAGAAUCAACUACUUCAUAGCAACCAUAAGAGCACAGGAGGAAUAUUUGUUGGAUGACAAACAAAGAUCUGUAACUCUAAAUCAUAUAUUUGAUAUUUUGUUACCAAUAGGAGGAGUUGGAGCAGUUCCAUUUAUUGGGUUGAUUCUAGAUAAUACGACAACUAUAAAUGUUAUUAAACUUUUAGUUUACAUCAGUGCCCUCGUAGGUUUGUCGGGAGUAAUAACACAUUCUUUUAUUAUUAAUUUAUCUGGAAUUAUGCUUUUUGCCGUCUACAGACCGUUUUACUAUACAGUUGUGUCUGACUACUGUUCAAAGGUGUUUGGAUUCACCACAUUUGGUACAGUUUACGGACUAUUAACAUGUCUAUGUGGUGUGUUUUCUAUAUCACAGAAUUUAUUAGAUCAAUGGACUCAUGAGAUUUUUAACAUGGACCCUCGUCCAGUUAAUCUAAUGUUAGUUACUAUGACUAUAAUAUUCGGAUGGGCAUUAAAGAAAUACAUGCAAGAUCAAUUAAAACAGAGAACUACAGAAGCGAGCGCAACUGAAACAGAUGAACAGGUUCUAUUAGACAAUAAUUAA